AUGCCUGUGCUGCGUAGUGCGGCUCGGAGGGCCCGUGAGGCGCAGGAGAAUCCGGCGGCGGCGGCGGCGGCGGAGGCACCGGUUGUGCCACCGGCGACGAGGAGGCGCAGGGCGGCGAGAAGGCAGAAGGCGGGAGGCGUCCGUGAGGCCGCGGUACCGGAGGAAGAGAGGGCGGCGGCGGAGGAGAUCGCGCCCGCGGAGGUCUCAGGGGAACGCGCCGGUGAGGAGCCGAUGGAUGACCAGGACAGCGCCGACAAACAGGCCGGCGAGGAUGCCUCUCCAAUCCCCGAGACGGUCCAGGUGGCCAGUUCACCUAGGUAUAAAGUUGAAAGGAAGCUUGGGAAAGGAGGAUUUGGCCAAGUAUACGUUGGCCGCCGCAUUUCAGCUAAUGCUCCAGGCGCAGUUGAGGUGGCGUUAAAGUUUGAGCAUAAGAACAGCAAAGGAUGUAACCAUGGGCCUCCUUAUGAGUGGCAGGUUUAUGAGUAUAGUAUCCUCGGUGGCAUUCAUGGGGUUCCUCGAGUCCACUACAAAGGCCGCCAAGGGGAUUACUUCAUUAUGGUUAUGGAUAUGCUAGGUCUCAGUCUGUGGGAUGCAUGUAGUAAUAAUUCCCACACAAUGUCAGUUGAGAUGGUUGCUUGCAUUGCUAUCGAAGCUAUCUCCAUACUUGAGAAAGUGCACUCAAAAGGAUAUGUCCACGGGGAUGUGAAACCCGAGAAUUUCUUGCUAGGACCUCCUGGAACUCCUGAAGAGAAAAAACUGUUUCUUGUCGACCUUGGCUUAGCCACCAAGUGGAAGGAUAGAUCGACAGGCCAUCAUGUUGAGUAUGAUCAGCGACCUGAUAUUUUCAGGGGAACAGUUCGUUAUGCUAGUGUUCAUGCACAUCUGGGGAGGAUAGGCAGCAGGAGGGAUGAUUUAGAAUCUCUGGCUUAUACACUAGUCUUUCUUCUACGGGGACGUCUACCUUGGCAAGGCUACCAGGGUGAAAACAAGGGUUUUCUUGUUUGCAAAAAGAAAAUGUGCACCUCUCCAGAAUCUCUCUGUAGCUUCUGCCCUCAGCCCUUUAAGGAGUUUGUAGAAUAUGUGGUCAACUUGAAGUUUGAUGAAGAACCCAACUAUGCCAAGUGUAUCUCCCUUUUUGAUAGUAUAGUGGGCCCAAAUCCAGAUAUCAGGCCAAUUAACACAGAUGGUGCUCAGAAGCUUAUACACCAAGUUGGCCAAAAGAGAGGGCGCAUAUCGUUGGAAGGAGAGACAGAUGAGCAACCAAAGAAGAAGAUCAGGAUGGGAAUGCCUGCAACACAGUGGAUAAGUGUUUAUAAUGCAAGGCGGCCUAUGAAACAAAGGUAUCACUACAAUGUUGCAGAUUCAAGGCUUGUACAACACAUUGACAAAGGGAAUGAAGAUGGACUGUUUAUUAGUUGCAUAUCAUCUUGUGCAAAUCUGUGGGCACUAAUCAUGGAUGCUGGCACUGGGUUCUCUUCUCAAGUUUAUGAACUUUCACCACAUUUUCUUCACAAAGAAUGGAUAAUGGACCAAUGGGAUAGGAACUACUAUAUAACUGCACUUGCUGGAGCAAACAAUGGGAGUUCCCUGGUAGUGAUGUCCAAAGGAACACUGUAUACUCAGCAGUCCUACAAAGUAAGUGAUACCUUUCCCUUUAAGUGGAUAAACAAGAAAUGGCGUGAUGGUUUCUAUGUGACUUCCAUGGCAACUGCGGGGAAUAAGUGGGCGAUUGUUAUGUCUCGCAAUGCAGGGUUUUCUGAACAGGUUGUUGAGCUGGACUUCUUGUACCCUAGUGAGGGAGUCCAUAAGAGGUGGGACUGUGGUUACCGGAUAACAGCAGUUGCUGCGACUUGGGAUCAGACUGCAUUGAUCUUAAGUGUACCAAGAAGGAAGCCUACCGAUGAAACCCAAGAGACGCUGAGAACAUCUGCUUUCCCCAGUCAGCAUGUGAAGGAGAAAUGGUCCAAGAAUCUCUACCUUGCUUCAGUAUGUUAUGGGCGUACCGUAUCGUAG